AUAUAAAAUUGGCCACAUAAACUCAUAGAAUAUAUUAAUUAAUUCUAUGAAUUCACAAGACUUAAAUAUUGUGUAAGCGUUUGUGCUUAAUAUGUCAUAUGGUGGAAGCAGUGGACAAGAAAGUGAUAAAAAUGGGUUUUCAUACAUGGACGAGAUUCCUGUUAAAAUAAUUGAAAAAUAUAAACCUCCUAAAAAGAUAACAUUACCUGGUGUGUUACAACAUAAACCUACAUCUAAUGCAUUAAAAAUCCAGUAUGAUUUUAAUUUGGAAAAAAAUGUACUUGAAAAAAUGGCAACAUGGAGUAAAAUACGAGAAGAAGCUAAAACUAGACGUCAUAUACAGGCUGCUGAGUUUAAAACACAAGAUUAUUUAGAUUUAGAUAAGUUAACACUACUAAAUCCAGCACAACCACAAAAUACUCAAGUUUUACAACCAAUACCUGCUCAACAAAUGAACUUAAACAUGUCUUCAUAUGAUACCAUGCUCACUAAAAAUAUAAAUAUAUCAGAUUUUGAGUCCGAUACAUCCAGUCCAUUUGACAAUAUGGAAUUAAAAACUAUUAAUGAUUUAGAAGAAUUAGCUUCUGUCUUAAAGCCAACAUCACUCUACGAUAAUACUAAUGUUAAAAAUUUUCAACCAUCUGAUAUUAAUGUUUCUCAAUAUUAUUCAAAACCUAUUUACAAUAAUUAUUCAGAAAAUUUUAAUAGCAAUGAAUUUUUAUUUAGUCCUAAUACAAAAACCAAUCAGACUGUUCGUUCUAUUCCUAAAUCCAAUUUAAAUGUUACUGAUAAAAAUAAUGUAGUAACUUUGCCACCUGUUACUAUGCCAAAUAUUUUAUUACAAUUGGAGGCUGAUUUAAAUACUUUAAAGUAUAAUGAUGAAUCACCAAAUGAUCCACAAAAAUCUUUACCUCACAUUACAACAAAUGGAUCUAAAUCACCUACAUGCUCAUUUCCUAAUCCAUACAGAUCACUUUCUCCAACUAGUCAAUGUUUAGCAGAUCAAAUACAUCAAAUGGGCUUUCCUUUAUCACGUGCUGCAAGGGCAUGUAAACUAUUUGGUAAAGAUGAAUCUAAGGUGAUAGAGUUUUUAAUUCAAGUACAUUCCAUUGAAGAGACUAGUGGCUAUGCUGCAGAUCGUGUAGAACAAGCAUUAGUGGUUAAUAAUUUUAAUCCUGAUCAUGCAAUUACUUUUCUUAAAAAUGUUGAUAGGCUUAUUGAUUUUGGAUUUCGAGAAGAAAAUAUAUGCAGUGCACUAGUGAAAUGCAAUAAUGAUCCUGAUAAAGCACUUGAUAGUCUUGUGUCUUAUUAAUUCAUGUAUGCACGAGGAUACAUUAACCUUAUGAUAACUAUGUACAAUUCAGAAUUGACAGCCAAACAGGUGUAUUAGAUUUGUUGUGAUAUAUACAUUAUACACAUAUUACAAAAAUUGAAACAUUGUAUUUUAAAAUUGGUAUACAUGUAUAAUUAUUAAAAUAAUCUUUUAAUUUUAUGUAAAAUUGCUUUACACUGCUUUAUGUUCCCUACUUAUAUUCUGUUACAGAAUUUGAAUAUAAUAUGAAUAAUUUUAAGUAUACA